CGCCCCGGCCCGCGCGCCCCCGGCGUCGUCCCGGGGCACCCCCCGCUGUUUGGGCCGCGGUCGAGGACUCGGGGCCCCCGUGGAGCGCCCCCACUCCCGGGUCCGCGACUGCAGAGGCGAGACCGCGGCGCCGCGGGCCUGGGGCGCCUUCGCGGAAGUUUCGUGUCUGCCCCUUCCCGACCCCCCAUCCCAGGCUUCUCCGGCCUGACCUGCAGACCGUCGAUGAACUGUGCUGACAAGGAGGCAACAUUGGAGCUGCUAAGAUGGGCAUGAGGAUCAAACUGCAAAGCACCAACCAUCCCAACAACCUGCUGAAGGAACUCAACAAGUGCCGGCUCUCCGAGACCAUGUGCGACGUCACCAUUGUGGUGGGAAGCCGUUCUUUCCCAGCCCACAAAGCUGUGCUGGCCUGUGCGGCUGGCUACUUCCAGAACCUCUUCCUGAACACUGGGCUUGAUGCUGCCAGGACCUAUGUGGUGGACUUCAUCACUCCCGCCAACUUUGAGAAGAUUCUGAGCUUUGUCUACACAUCCGAGCUCUUCACAGACCUGAUCAAUGUCGGAGUCAUCUAUGAGGUAGCGGAACGCCUGGGUAUGGAGGACCUCCUCCGGGCCUGUCACUCUACGUUUCCCGACCUGGAGAGCACUGCUGUGGCCAAGCCCCUGACCAGCAGCAGUGGCAGCAACCCUGGUACCCUGACUGGUAGCUCAACAGGACCCACCCAUCCCCUUGGAGAACUCCGGGGUGGUGGGGAGCACUUUGGUGCUGACAGAAACUAUGUGCUACCUGGUGAUGCUGGGGGAAGCUAUAAAGAGGAAGAAAGAAAUGUUACCAAUGACACUAACCACAGCUUGCCUCCGCCACAGCAGCCACUGCCACCAAAGACAGAAAACCAUGAUGCCCCUGCUCCUUUCACUUCUGUUCCUAGUAUCACAACCCAGCCAGUCCCAGGCACUGUCAGCAUGGGCGUCCAAACCAGCUCAAGCUCCUGCCAGCCAUGCAAAGUUCAGAGCAAUGGAGACUACAGUAAAAAUAACUUCAUCAGCCCUGACUCUGCAAUAGACAUUACCACUGGGACCAACUCCUGUGUGAGCAAUAGUGACCUCUCCAGAGAUCCAGGCUUUGGGCAGAUGGAUGAGCUCCACCUAGAGGAUCUGGGGGAUGAUGACUUGCAGUUUGAAGACCCCACUGAGGAGAUAGGCACAGCUGAGGAGGUGAUUGAGUUGAGUGAUGACAGUGAGGAUGAGCUGACUUUUGGGGAGAGUGACAACCGAGAGAAUAAGGCCAUGCCCUGCCAGGUAUGCAAGAAAGUUCUAGAGCCCAACAUCCAACUGAUCCGACAGCAUGCUCGAGACCACGUGGACCUGCUAACAGGCAACUGCAAGGUCUGUGAGACCCAUUUCCAGGACCGAAACUCCCGGGUGACCCAUGUUCUGUCCCACAUUGGUAUUUUCCUCUUUUCCUGUGACAUGUGUGAAACUAAAUUCUUCACCCAGUGGCAGCUGACACUCCACCGACGGGAUGGAAUAUUUGAGAACAACAUAAUUGUCCACCCCAAUGAUACCCUGUCUGGGAAGCUGGGUCUGUUUUCAGGGGCAGCCUCCACAGAGUUGAACUGUGCUGCCUGUGGGAAGGCAUUGGCCAAAGAUUUCCACGUGGUCCGGGGCCACAUCCUUGACCAUCUAAACUUGAAGGGCCAGGCCUGCAGCAUCUGUGACCAGCGCCACCUCAACCUGUGCAGCCUCAUGUGGCAUACGCUCUCCCACCUCGGCAUCUCGGUCUUCUCCUGCUCUGUCUGUGCAAACAGCUUUGUAGACCGGCAUCUGCUAGAGAAGCACAUGGCUGUACACCAAAGCCUGGAAGAUGCCCUCUUCCACUGCCACUUAUGCAGCCAGAGCUUCAAGUCAGAGGCUGCCUAUCGUUACCAUGUCAGCCAGCACAAAUGCAACAGUGGCUUUGGCACACGCCCUGGUUUUGGGCUACAGCACCCAGCUCUGCAGAAGCGGAAGCUGCCUGCGGAGGAGUUUCUGAGUGAAGAGCUGGCUGUACAGGGCCAGCCUGGGAACAGCAAGUAUGGCUGCAAGGUCUGUGGCAAAAGGUUCGCCCACACGAGUGAGUUCAACUACCACCGGCGCAUUCACACGGGCGAGAAGCCAUACCAGUGUAAGGUGUGCCACAAGUUCUUCCGAGGCCGGUCAACCAUCAAGUGCCACCUGAAGACACAUUCAGGGGCCCUCAUGUACCGCUGCACAGUCUGUGGCCACUACAGCUCCACUCUGAACCUCAUGAGCAGGCAUGUCGGUGUGCACAAGGGCAGUCUCCCGCCUGACUUCACCAUCGAGCAGACCUUUAUGUACGUCGUCCAUUCCAAAGAGGCGGAGAAGAGCCCAGACAGCUGACUGGGUCCCAGCAGCACCAGUGCUCCGGAGCGGCAGCCAGGACAUUGGUUUUCUCGUGACUGUUGGUCCCUCCCCAGCCGAAGUUACAAUUUUGCCUUGCUAGGAAUUUGUUAUGUCUUGUGUUUAAAGAAGAAAAAAAGAAGAGAUAGCACAUGAGCUGUUACUGUUUUGGAGAAGCAACAGCCCUACAAUGUUUACCUCCUUAUCUGUUCUUGCCCACGAAGGGCUGUGAUUUUGAUUCUUUGGAGGCUGGUUUUGGGAUCUCGUCAGGCAGUUGGUGUCAGCUAGAUGCACUUCCCCAGCCUCUCAAAUUUUAGUUUACUGAUAGGUUUUAUGCUGCUAAGAAUCCAACCAACAGCCUCACUGAAUAGAGGAGGUGGAGAGGGUUUUCACUGUGGGUAUUACUGCCAGCCUCCAGCUGGGACACCCAGAGGAAAAAAAUGAGUCGGCAGGGCAGCUCACCUGAGGUUCCAGUGCCAGCCCUCAGGGGAAAAGGCGGCAGGGUUGGAGGGGCCUGUUUGGUGCAUGGCUCUCAUCUGCUGAUCAGACGCUAGAUCUUUGGGCAGCUAGGUCCAAACUGGGGACAGAGCUUUCUGUUUAGGUCAGAAUGCUUGGGGACAAAUCCUUGCCAACCAGAAGAGGUGUCCAGCAGUGCUGCCAGGAGUGGCAGCCUGGAGGGAAAGGAAGGGAGCGUUGUCUUCUGAAUUCCAAAGAAACAUGAUCUUACGGAGUGAUGGCCCAGGACAUCAGGCCUUCCCAGUGGGGCACAGAGGACAGGGAGCCACCUGAUAGCCGUCGUCUAUCAUCUGGCUGCUUCUGUGGGCCGAGUUUCCUGGUGGAGAGGUGGGGAUUGUCUGAUAGCAGCAGCCUUGCCUUAAUGUGCAUCGUCUCCCACCCGCAAGUGUUCUGUAGAGUAGGUGAGAAGACCCCUUGAGGUGGAGGAGUGGUGGGCUGUGAGCCCUUUAGAAUUAAAAGGACCCAAGCAACUGGCGUGGAGCGGCUUGCGCACUCAGUCUGUCCAGUCCGGGGACCUGGUGAUUCCUUUGUGCUGACUGGGUGGGGGCUUUGGCCACUCAUCUUUGACCUGGUGGGAUUUAUCCUGAUCUGUCACUGCAUUGCCACCAGGUGGCCUUAUUGGAUAGCAGCUGGUUCAGGCCCGCGUGGGGUGGCUAAGAAACCCGUUUGCCCAGUCGGUGGGGCUGGUUAGCUCCGUUCUCUGUUGGCUUUUGAGGGGGGUCUUGCCCAAAGAAGGCUUGAGGGAGAGGGCGCUCGGAUCUCGUGUUCACAAGGUGGCACCUCAGUAACUCAUACUACCUCACCCUGCUCAGGUGAGCUCUGGGGUCCCUGGCCUCCACUCUGACACUCCCCUAAUGGGACUCAGCAGCAGCCCAUGCUGUUUCACAAGCAAGUAGUUUUAAUUAACUCACAAAGCCUUUUGACGUUAAUAUUUAUUUAUAUUUGUUUUCAUAUACAUAUUACCCAGCAUCUCUUUUAGAUAAGUGACUUCAGGAAAAUGAGUUUCUCCCCAGCAAGUAGCCAUAUUCUAGGGGACAGUCCUGGUCAGAGAUCUGGGAAAUGGGGCCAGAACUAGGGGAGAAUGUGUCAAGCCUUUAAACAAGCAAGUUCUUCUCUUUCUCUCCAGAUAGUCUCUCGCAGAAUAAACCCAGGGAACCCUUUAGGUAAUGAAUGUAAGUUUGAAAAGUUGGAGCUUGUUAAAUUCCUAGGCCUUUCCUCCCAUCCCUUCCUGUGACUGGAUAGACAGGGGGCUGGGUUGGAGGGGUCAAGUCACAUGGGGGCCUGUCUGUGCGUUUUCUCCCCCUCCCUGAACUUGGAGAGCUGCAUUAAGGUAUUAAGGUGUGAGGAUGGACCAAAGCCCUAUACACAUUGGGUCUGCUGCCUUUCUGCUUAGCCCUAAGCUCAUAAAGCCUCUGAGCUGGCUACCUGGCUCUCUGGUGGGGUGACCAGCACACGAAAGGCCUUGAACUCGUGGACACCUUUCAUCACCCCUCCCAGAUGGCUUAGUGCUCCCUCGGACAUGCCUGUGAGGACAGAGUGCUGAGACUUUUCCCUGAUUUGCUUUCCGUUUCCCACAUUGACCAUUAGAAAUUUAACAAGGAAAAUGUAUAAAAGUUACAAUCAAGUGUCUACUGAGCCUUUCAAGCCUGAAUGAUUCCCUCCUAGACUGUUGGUGAGCAUUGAUUUUUUGAGUCUGAAUCUGAGAGGGGUGAUACCGGACCCCAGCCCCACCAGGUAGCUGAGAAGGGAUCAGUGUGCUGGAGAAACCCUUUUUUUUAAACGAGGGCAUCAUGGAUGCUGCGUAGUCUGUAUUACUUAACCUCAAACUGUGAAGUUUUCCCUUUUUGCCAGUAAACCAAAAAGUAAAUCCUGAAAGUUUGCCCUGAAACACUAAACAAAGAGCUGCAGCCCUGACUCUCCUGGGGCCAGGUGGUCGAGCAAGUGACCUGGUUAGUUGCCGGCAGACUUGUGGCAGCAUCGGUAGCUCAUGGGGCUCACUGACCAGACCUGUUGAUCCUUGUGUCCCCCACGUUCACACCUGAACCCACCUCUGUGGAGUCAUGUUGACUGCCUUUGCCUCCAGCUCACCCUUUUCUAAACUGUUUUACUUGAAACACUAUAUUGUGGCCCUGGGGGAAGGUCUGUCUUUUUUCCCAACCCUCUCUGACUUUGUUGCCCCCUCUGCCCCAGAGCCCAGGUUAGCACUGUCUCCUGCUGUAUUGUUCCAAGGUUCACUGUGACCCUGAAUGUCUUGUCUUCUCCCAUUUUUCUCCUUGUUCCGUAGUCAGAACUGGCUACAUAAUUUGCAGAGCCCUUUGUUUAAAAAUUAGUAAGAAUUUCAAGGUGGGGCUGUAGAGCAGUAAACUAAACAUGAGGUCAUUCCCAGCUUGUUUCCUAGGGGAAAAGGUUAAUGCUUGCCUGGCACACACAGGGUUGAACAGCAGAGGCUGCUUAUGGCCAGAGAAGGGCAUCAGCAUUCCAGCCAACCUGUGACCUAUGGGUGGCUCCCUGAUGCCACAGUACCCACCGGGAAGCUCUGCUGUACCCUAAUGUUUGGUCCUAAAUUUUAUGGCUCUGUGGAGUCUUUAUCAUUCUUAGUUGGGGAAAAAAGGAAGUGGAGGUUGGGCUCAAGGGACCCCUAAGAAUCAGGAAAUGAGUAAAAGUUCUUAACUUUUUUCUCUUCUGAGCAGCUCCCUUUUGUCUCCAGGACAAGCCUUUGGGCUUAAAACUUGCUCUCCAGUCAGGUUUGCUACUGAUGAUUUUUCUUCCUUUUCUGGCCACCUGCUGUGGCCUGUUUGCCUAGACUACUCAACUUUGGAAAUGAAUUUAAAUCCCUUUAUAGAUGGACACUGGUUUUGUUGGCAUGGGAGUGGGCCGUGUGGAGGAGUGCCCACCUGGGAGCCCCCACAUGCCCUUUUCCCUGAUCCUGUGCGGAGUCAGGAAGAGUGGGUGCACAGCACUGCUCUCAGCGUGGUCACUCAUCACGCGCAAUGUUGAAAAUGAAACUUUCGGUUUUACUGUUAACUCUAACAUCCGUCCCCUGUCCAGCCCACUCCCCCCUCCACCUGUACUAGCUGAAGUCUCUUACGAAACCAAGAAGAGUUGUUGACGUCUAACUCCUUCCAUUAAAUUAAUAAGUACUGACCUCCUAAUAUUUAAGUGUUUACUAUCUAUUGCUGUAAAGUUUUGUAUAUUUUGUAAACUUCUUUUCCCAGAUAGUAGAUGUCUAAAAUCGUUGUACAUCUGAUUCUUUUAUAUUCCAUUGUUCAGCAGAAAGUGUGGUUUUUUAUUUAGAAUAAAAAAAAGGAAAUUUGAAUUGGGA